AUGUCCUUAUUUUUAAACAAUAACAACUUUGCAAUUAGUAAUGACAAUGCAGACAAUGCAGACUACAACAACAACAACAACAACAACAACAACAAUAACAAUGAUUCAAGCUUUUUAAAUAAUGAUCAUUUUUACUAUAAAGCACAAGAUCAUCUGCUAGAAAACGUGAAUCUCAGACUAGAUUCACUACUAUUAUUUUUGAAUGAAAAUGAUAAUAUUACCUCAGUAAGCCCAACUACGCUAAAAUUUAUAAAUUCUCCGAAUCCUGAUUACUACAACAAUUAUCCAGAAUCACCAUUAUCCGAAUCAGCAGGCUUAUCUUCAAGAAGAAACACAAUCGACACUGCUGUAUUAUUUCCCACUCAACAAAGUCCAUUUGAUAUUAAAGAAAAUGUUUCAUUCAAGAAUACUGGAGAAAAUAACAACACUGACAACGACAGAAUCAUCUCACCGAUCACUGAAGUUAACAACACCACCAACUACAUUUACUCAUCUGCUCCAACUUCGUCUUCUAAGAAUACUAGUAUUAAUUACACGGUCUCUCCAAAUAGUAUUUUUUCUUCUCCAUGUGAAAUAUUAUCUGACACUUUCGAUCACUCCAACGGUGUUACUCAAAACAGUGAAGUAAGUCAGCAACCAAGUGGUACUAUUAAGAGUAGCGAAUCCAACUUAGAAUUGUUUAAGUCGUGGCAAAAACUAAAUGACCAAAUCAAAAUCAAAAUGAAUGCUAUUGAGGAUAAAGAACAGCCAACUGGUCCACUAUCUAGAAAAAGGCAUUAUAGUACCGGAUGUAUCGAUAAGAUUAAAUAUGACUGCAAUAUCUGCGGUAAGAAAUUCAAGAGGCCAUCUUCGUUAAACACUCACAUGAAUAUCCAUACUGGUCAAAAACCAUACAGAUGUCCACAUAUUUCAUGUUCAAAGGCAUUCAAUGCCAAAUCCAAUAUGUUAAGACAUUACAAACUUCAUUUCAAGCUAAACACUGGUCAGUACAUAUUACCAAACGGUGAAAUAUCAGCCACUAAGCCAACUACAAAACAAUUAUUUGGUAAACACUAA